AUGGAACACCACACCUUGUUUCAAUGCCUUCUUUUCAUCUCUCUCAUGUACUACUCAACCCAUUUCACCACAACACAUUCAGUGAAAAUUCCAAGGUUGAGUCCCAUUCCUCAAUGGGACACAAGCUUACACCACCCUGCAAACUUGGAUGCAGAAACUGAUACAGAAAACAUCAAAACAUUUUACUACAAACAGGUUCUUGAUCACUUCAACUAUAGGCCCGAAAGUUACAAAACGUUUCAACAAAGAUAUCUGAUCAAUUUCAAGUACUGGGGUGGUGCCAAUUCUAGUGCCCCAAUAUUUGCCUACUUGGGUGCUGAAGCACCAAUAGAUUCUUCCCCUAUUGGCAUAGCAUUUCUCACUGAUAACGCUGCUUCCUUUAAUGCUCUCUUAGUAUACAUAGAGCACCGUUACUAUGGGGAAUCAGUGCCAUUUGGAUCAAGGGAAGAAGCAUUGAAGAAUGCAAGCACUAUUGGGUAUUUCAACUCAGCUCAGGCAAUAGCAGAUUAUGCAUCAGUCCUCAUACACAUUAAGAAGACAUUACAUGCACCAAAUUCCCCAGUGAUUGUGAUCGGAGGAUCAUACGGUGGAAUGCUUGCUUCAUGGUUUAGGCUCAAAUAUCCUCACAUGGCCAUUGGAGCUCUAGCCUCAUCAGCUCCAAUCCUCUACUUUGAUAAUAUUACACCACAAGAUGGUUACUACUCAGUUGUUUCAAGGGAUUUUAGAGAAGCCAGUGAAACAUGUUACCAAACUAUAUUGAAGUCGUGGUCUGAAAUCGACAGAGUAGGUUCUCAGCCAAAGGGUCUUUCCAUUCUUAGCCAGAGAUUCAACACUUGCCGUCCCUUAAACAAAUCUUAUGAGUUGAAGGAGUACCUGGAGACAUUUUAUGCUUCUGCUGCUCAAUACAAUCAUCCACCAAGAUAUCCUGUGACUGUGAUUUGCGGUGGCAUUGAUGGAGGUUCAUUUGGAAGUGAUAUUCUGAGUAAGAUAUAUGCAGGGGUGGUGGCUUUACGGGGAAAAACCACUUGCAAUUUUAAUGCUCUUACCACUCCAUCUGAGACAGCGCUGGGUUGGACAUGGCAGACAUGUAGUGAAAUGGUGAUACCCAUCGGCAUAGGAAACAAUUCAAUGUUCCAACCACAACCUUUUAGCUAUAAGAGCUUUGCCAAGAAAUGCAAGAAACUUUAUGGUGUCUCUCCUCGUCCUCACUGGGUCACCACUUACUAUGGUGGCCAUAAUAUAAAGUUGGUCCUUGAGAAGUUUGGUAGCAACAUCAUUUUCUCUAAUGGACUAAGAGACCCUUAUAGUAUUGGCGGAGUUCUGGAGAACAUAUCAGACAGUCUUGUUGCCAUUCAUGCAGUUAAUGGAUCUCAUUGCUUGGAUAUUCUGGGUGCAAGUGCAACUCAUAAUGACCCAGAAUGGUUGGUUGAACUGUGGAAGAAGGAGAUCAACAUUAUGAAAGGGUGGAUCACCCAGUAUUACGUUGAUCUCCAAGCACUUAAACUAAAAGGGUGA